UCCUCGGGCUCACAAACGCUCCGUCCUCGGGACGGCCCGCUUCCGGUCCUGCCAGCGGAAGCGGCGCCGCGUCCAAUCCGGUCCUUCUCCCCUUUCCAGGCUCGCGCGCGGGGGGCGCCCAGCAGCACUGGGGAUCGGCGCGCGCGCACUGAGGCGUGCACUCUGACCCGGAGACGACCCCUCCCUCCGCGUGAACAUGGCGCUGUCCAGGGUGUGCUGGGCUCGGGCUGCUCUGUGGGGCUCGGCCGUCGCCCCUGGACCCUUUGUCACCCGGCGGCUGCAGCUGGGUCGCUCUGGUUCUGUGUGGCGGGCCCCUCGGUCUUCAAAGCUUCAUCUCUCUCCCAAGGCAGACGUGAAGAAUUUGAUUUCUUACGUGGUGACCAAGACAAAAGCGAUUAAUGGAACAUACCAUCGUUUCUUGGGUCGUCAUUUCCCCCGCUUCUAUGCCUUAUACACAGUCUUCAUGAAAGGAAUACAGAUGUUAUGGGCUGAUGCCAAAAAGGCUAGAAGAAUAAAGGCAAAUAUGUGGAAGCACAAUGUAAAGUUUCAUCAACUUUCUUACCGGGAGAUGGAGCAUUUGAGACAGUUCCGUCGCGAUGUCACCAAGUGUCUUUUCGUAGGUGUCAUUUCCAUCCCACCCUUUGCCAACUACUUGGUCUUCCUGCUAAUGUAUCUGUUUCCUAGGCAACUGCUUGUCAAGCAUUUCUGGACCCCCAAACAACAAAUUGAUUUCUUAGACAUAUAUCACAGUCUCCGGAAGCAGUCCCACUCAGAAAUCAUUGCUUAUCUAGAAAGGGCCAGCGCACUUGUUUCUGAUGAGAGGCUUCGCUGGCAUCUGACAGACGUGUGCACCAAGGUGCAGAACGGUACCCACCCAACAGCCCAUGACGUCCUGGCUCUCAGAGAGUGCUUCUCAACUUAUCCCCUGGGCUUGAGUCAACUGCAGGCUCUGCAAAUGAAAGCCUUGAGCCGGGCCAUGCUCCUUACACCUUACCUGCCUCUGCCCUUGUUGAGAUGGCGCCUAAAGAGUCAUACCACAGUGAUUCACCAGCUGGACAGGGCUCUGGCAAAGCUGGGGAUUGGCCAGCUGACUGCUCAGGAGGUGAAAUCGGCUUGCUAUCUUCGUGGCUUGAAUUCUACCCACAUUGCUGAUGACAGGUGUCGGGCUUGGCUGGGAGAAUGGUUGCAGAUUUCCUGCAGCCUAAAAGAAGCUGAGCUGUCCCUCUUGCUGCACAACGUGGUCCUGCUUUCCACCAACUACCUUGAGACAAGGCGCUGAGUGAACCCUGGAGAGAAUGACACUGUCCUGCAGUCACAUAGUAUUGUAGUGUGGGACCAAGCCGCACUUGGCAGCAGUCUGCACUUAGUGUGGGAGGCAGAGGAACAGGUUCCAUGGGCUUUGAAGCACGCUACCCAUCUGGGAGGCACGACAUUCCCUCACAGCUUGAACUAAACUGCGUGUGCUGCCAUCCCGCCAUGCUAACCAGGAGCUGGCAAGCACCUCUGGUACUGGACUUUUAUUGUGAUGUGAUGUUUAGGUCCUGUUAACAGUUUUUGCCCAGGUGGGAACCAUCUGACCUAAAAUCCAUGACUGCCAUGGUUUCUUCUUCAAUUUUUAUUUUUUCUGACAUAAGUCUAUGUUGCCCAGGCUGGCUUCAAAUUUCUGUGCUCAUGGGAUCCUCCCACCUCAGGCUUCUGGGUGCUGGGACUCAGGUCUGUAGCACACUGGCCUCACUGCCGCACUCCUUACAGCCGUGAGGGGUUUUUGUGACAGUCUCAUGUAACUGAUGACCGUGAACUCCUGGUCUUCCUGCUCCCAGCUCCCAGGGCUGGGAUACAGGAUGAAGUACCACACAGAGCCUGUGAGGGCUUUGCUGUGCCAGGCAAGUGCUCUCCACCCAGGCUUUCUGGGUGCCAGGAGCCCUACUGCCUAGACUGGAGCACUAACACCUGGGCCCGCACCUUGACACCCUGCCAGUCUUUUCCUCGCCCCUCUUCUUUUUUUGGCCUUUUUGAGACAGAGUCUCACUGUAUAGCCCAGGCUGGCCUGGAAUUCACUAUAUAGCCCAGGUUGGUUUUCAGUUCCUGGCAAUCCUGAAAAUUCUGCCACAGCCUCCUGGGUACUAGGAUUACGGGCGUGAGCCACUUUUUGAUGUGACCAAAAGUAGAGACACUUUCCCCUUCACUGGCAUGGACUGUUCACCUUCUUCCUGUUCAUAUUCUCUCAACACAUGCUUUUCUUUGUUUUGUUAUUUUUAUUUUUUGUUUGCUUUUAAGGGAACAUUCUAAAGGAGGUGAAAAGCUAAAGGACGGCCGCUUGGCCCCUCCCUCCAGUGUCUUAAUUUUCAGGCUGUCGCACAGUCCCUGAGGACCUUACGUGUUUGCUACCUCCACUGUGUUGCACUAAACCAUCUGUAGCCAGCAGUGGCUGCCUUCUUUAGGUCAUGGGUCGUAAGAUACUUACUACUGCCUAGUCCUGGGAGACCAGGAGAUCUGCAUCAAGAUAGUGAGCUGGGUUUGGCUGUCGUGUGUACAUCUGUAACUUACUGUAAAUGCAUGAAGCAUUGUUUUUAAACCAAGUAAAGACUGC